CCUAUAACCACCCCUAUCCGUUAAAAUCCAACUCUUUUUGUUGGACAGUGAACACAAUCUUCAAGUCCUCCUUAUCAACAAUGGCGUCUCUCAUCUCCACUGCAAUUCUCCCCCACAUUUCUUCCUCAUUCAAGGGUAAUUCAAGAAACUUGACGUCAAGUUCAAAUCUUUUUCCUUCAAUUAAACUCAGUAACCAGAAAACUACCCCAAGAACAAGAACCCCAUUUCUUAUUUUCAAUAAAGUUGCAAGCUUUGAUGUUUCUGUUGCUGAUUCAGCAAAUUCAGGGAGUGUUAGAUUUAGGCUUAAUAACUUGGGCCCACAACCAGGGGCAACAAAGAAUAGGAAGAGAAAAGGUAGAGGGCAUGCAGCUGGACAAGGAGGUAGUUGUGGUUUUGGGAUGAGAGGUCAAAAAUCAAGGUCUGGACCUGGUGUUAGAAAGGGUUUUGAAGGAGGUCAAAUGCCGCUUUAUAGGAGACUUCCUAAGUUGAGAGGAAUUGCUGGAGGCAUGUCUGCUGGACUUCCGAAAUAUGUACCGGUGAACUUGAAAGACAUAGAAGAGGCAGGAUUUCAAGAAGGGGAAGAGGUGUCGCUUGAGUCCCUCAAGCAGAAGGGUCUAAUAAAUCCUUCAGGGAGAGAAAGAAGACUUCCACUAAAGAUCUUAGGUGAUGGUGAACUAAGCGUGAAGCUCAACUUUAAGGCGCGCGCCUUUUCAACAUCAGCAAAGGAAAAACUAGAGGCUGCUGGUUGUUCAUUGACCGUUCUACCGGGCAGAAAGAAGUGGGUAAAACCAUCAGUUGCUAAAAACCUUGCUAGAGCUGAUGAAUAUUUUGCCAAGAAAAGAGCUGCUGCUGCAUCUGAAGCAGCUGACCCUUCUUCUGCUUAAGCCAAAAUUUAUGAUAGCCACAAAAUUCUUUUUAUGUUGUCACUCCAGAAAGGAUGUAAAGCAACAUUCAAAUAGUUUUGGAUUCUUUUCCCUUUAAUGCUUCCAAAGUAUAUUUCUAUUUUUCUGUGUGUCUUCCCUGUACCAGUAGGAUUAGUAGUUAGCCUUGUAUUCUAUUAUUGGUAAAUUUAUUACGUGUUGUUCAUUA